UCGAUAUUGGGCGAUUGACAAUACUAUUGGUUCGAUUAACAUCUAUAUUAAGAUGAAUGCAUCAUCCCUUCUACCUCAGGAUAUAACUGGGCCAUUAUAUGCAGCGGGUUCGAAUAGUUGGAUAUUGAUGGAUAACAUCACCAUUUCUAGCUAUACAAAUACAGGUGACGAGUCUUGUCGUAAGCUCAAUCUAUCUGGCAUGACGAGUGAUUCGUUUAAUGGUCUUUAUGAGAAUAAGGACCAAAAGGUUGGGAACAGACCGAGCUACAAACACUUUAAUGAGUCUUACAAGCUGUACUAUAGAGAAGAGUAUGGGCAAUGGGUAAUCGGGCAUGACACCAUUCAAUCUACCUUUUACGCUU